UGCACGAUGAGACUUCCGUGUCGGCUGUUGGACGUAUUAUCCUUUUUGAUUCCUCUCGUGAUUGUUGCCACAUUUAUUCUGGUGCAAGAACAAUGGCAGCGGCGAAAGGCACCCCUUAACGCAGCCCUCGUCAACAUGACCGAAUCUACGAUGCUCACGCUGCAGGAUUUGACGCCAAUCGUCGACAGUGACGACACCGAGUCUAUUUUCGGCUCGUCGAAAGUCAUCUUUUUUGUCGAAUCUUCAGGUUUGGCCAAAUUGAGCCCUCGACAGGCGUGCACCAUUGAAUCGGUGGCCAGACACUCAAAGGGUUACACGCUGGUCCUGCUUUACGUUCACCCGGUGCGUUUAAUAAAGCUGAGGGAGAACGUGGCACUGUACGAACUACUAAAGGCGCACGGAAAUAUCAUCAAGGUUUUCACCAUCAACGCCCCUCAUUUUUUGACCAAGUUGACACCGUUUGGUACCACUGCGAAAGCAAUGUUGGAAGUGUCUCCAUUCAGAGCAAAUCAUCUUAGCGACUUCCUACGACUUAGUCUGGUUUUGAAGUUUGGUGGCUUCUACAUGGACCUGGACGUCCUCGUGUACCGCGACUUGACGGACCUUCUGAAAUUAGACAAUUUUCUCCUAACUCGCACAAACGAAACGAUCGGCUCAUACUUUUUUGGUUUCCAACGCGGCAAUCCAAUGAUCAAGAAGUUGAUAGACCAGGUGAUAUCAGAUUAUGUGCCGCAGUAUUACGCUGUUGUGCCAAACUCGAUGGGUGGAGCUUUUAUCGGGAAAUACAACACCUCCGUUGGAGCAGUUCUGGCUAAAAAAGGAAAACUGGACGAUGUUCUCAUUUUAAACUCAACGUUGUUUUCUCCACUAGGUGACUGGGUUACUUACCCAGAUUUAUUUAACGAAAAUAAAACGCAUCUCGCAGAGGAUUUUCCUAAAAUUAGUUAUGGAGUACAUAUUUGGAGCUAUCAGAGCGGGCGAAAGACGGUAUAUUUAAAUUCAACCUCACCAAUUGCCAAACUGGCCAAAGACCAUUGUCCCAGGUCGUUUGAAACAAGCAGAAUUUUUGGCUCAUUUAAAUAAAAUUUAAAUUAAAUUAUUACUCAUUGCUUGACUUUGAUGAAAAGCACAUGAUCAUUACUCUUUUGAAGUGCAUUUGUUUUAUGUAAUGAUUUAUUAAAAAAUAUAUUGAAUCUUUCAAAAAUCAAAAAUAA